UACAUAUUUAUAUCAAUCGUGGGCUCAGAGGGCGCCCUCGAAGAGCAGCCCCGCGACUACGAAACCAAACUGGGAGUGGUCGCGCGGAAACUCUGGCUCAGGAUUGGCUGUGGGCACCCGCCGCGGUGCGGGGGGAUUGCUAAUCGUAUUCAGCAUGUUUUGCACAAGAAAUGUCAGCCAGAAAGGGCUAUCUGCUCCCUUCGCCAAAUUAUCCCACAACAAUGUCAUGCUCGGAGAGCCCCGCCGCGAACUCUUUUUUGGUCGACUCGCUCAUCAGCUCGGGCAGAGGCGAGGCUGGCGGUGGUGGCAGCGGCGCGGGGGGCGGUGGCGGCGGCGGCUACUACGCCCACGGCGGGGUCUACCUGCCGCCGGCCACCGACCUGCCCUACGGGCUGCAGAGCUGCGGGCUCUUCCCGGCUCUGGGAGGCAAGCGCAAUGAGGCGGCGUCGCCGGGCAGCGGCGGCGGUAGCGGGGGCCUGGGUCCCGGGGCGCACGGCUACGCGCCCGCGCCUAUAGACCUGUGGCUGGACGCGCCCCGGUCGUGCCGGAUGGAGCCACCCGAGGGGCCGCCGCCGCCACCACCUCCCCAGCAGCAGCCACCGCCCCCGCCGCAACCACCCCAACCCCCGCCGCAGGCCACCUCGUGCUCUUUCGCGCAGAACAUCAAAGAGGAGAGCUCCUACUGCCUCUACGACUCGGCGGACAAAUGCCCCAAAGGCUCCACCGCCACGGCCGAGCUGGCCCCCUUCCCGCGGGGCCCGCCGCCCGACGGCUGCGCCCUGAGCACCUCCAGCGGGGUGCCAGUGCCCGGCUACUUCCGCCUCUCCCAGGCCUAUGGCACGGCCAAGGGUUACGGCAGCAGCGGCGGCGCGCAACAGCUCGGCGCCGGCCCGUUCCCCGCUCAACCCCCCGGGCGCGGCUUCGACCCGCCACCCGCGCUCGCCUCCGGCUCAGCGGAUGCAGCCCGGAAAGAGCGAGCCCUCGAUUCGCCGCCGCCCCCUACGCUGACUUGCGGCGGCGGCGGGGGCUCACAGGGCGACGAGGAGGCGCACGCGUCGUCCUCGGCCGCAGAGGAGCUCUCCCCAGCCCCUUCAGAGAGCAGCAAAGCCUCGCCCGAGAAGGACUCCCUGGGCAAUUCCAAAGGCGAAAACGCAGCCAACUGGCUCACCGCAAAGAGCGGCAGGAAGAAGCGCUGCCCCUAUACCAAGCACCAGACGCUGGAGCUGGAGAAGGAGUUUCUGUUCAACAUGUACCUUACUCGAGAGCGGCGCCUAGAGAUCAGCCGCAGCGUCCACCUCACGGACAGACAAGUUAAAAUCUGGUUUCAGAAUCGCAGGAUGAAACUGAAGAAAAUGAACCGAGAAAACCGGAUCCGGGAGCUCACAGCCAAUUUUAAUUUUUCCUGAUGAAGCUCCAGGCAACGCCGAUUUUUCCCGCUGCCAGAGAGCCGUUUUCCUCCCUCUGUCUUCGGCCUCUGCCCAGGAACUCGCACCUGUGCCGGAGUCCCACUCCUCCCUCCCACACUUGCCAUCUCGAUGGCCGUCACAUCUGUGCAGGGCUGGUUUGUUCUGACUUUUUGUUUCUUUGUCUGUUUGCUUGUGCUGGUUUACUUGUUUUCUGGGGGAAAAAGCCAUAUCGUGCUGCAUUUCUAUAGAGAGAAAUAUUAUCCUCAAGUGUUGAGUGGUGACUGGGCUGGUUUGCUGUCUCGGGGUUCCUCUGCUGGAAAUGGCUCCUGUCCUCCCGGUGGAGCUGGUUUCCUGCGGGGGCGGGCAAACCUAGCCGGAAGGCCGAGGUCCCCUUGUAGGCGCUGAGGUGUCUGGCCUGAGGUCAAUGGUGCAAGGAGCCGCCACCGGGCUCGCCUGCCUGGAGUGCUGGGCUGUGUUUAAUCAGGGGACAUAGGCCCCUGGGUUUCUUUUUUCUUUCUUUCUCUCUUCCUUGGCAAAAAGAAGGGCUUGCAAGCAUGGACAUGCAGGCUGGCAAAAGGGCUUGGCUUUGGCUGAUUAGAAAAUUGAGAGUCAUAACGAGUAAUCUUUCCUUCCUCUGUAAGAUAUCCCAGCUUUAAAAGGGAGGAAAAAAAAAAAAGAAUAACCAAGAGAAGGAAACUUCUCUUCCAGUUUGUGUAAGGUCUUGCAUUGUGGGACUAAAUUAUUUCACUUACCUCGGAAUUUUCAUAUCCUUCUGGCUGUAGAUAAAUAAUCUAAUAUAGUUUUGUUUAUGCGUGCAGAUUUAGUGGGGUUUUUUUGGUCAUUAAAUAAUUGUUACCACUGGUAACACGACAAGCACACCACAAUUCUCCCUAUCUUGUGGAGAGUUUCCUUUCUCAUUUUCUUUUUUCUUCUUCCUCUUUUAUAUUUUCCUUCCUAAAAUUCACAGAAUCCGAGGAGCGCUGGGCAAGCGGAAUAGACUAGAGAAGGGAGACAUUGUUUGGGUUUCCUUUAUACUGUGAAGUUACAUGCAUAAAAGGGUCAAACCUGUAGGUGCAGAAAAAGAAAAAUUAUAAAUACAAAUCUGUAUAAAUGUCUAUUAUGAAAAAUUGCCAAUCUUGUUUUAUGCAAAUGCAUUCUAUCGUUAUUAUAAAUGUUAGUUCUAGCUCUAUUUACUUCUAAUCUUAAAUCAGAAUAAAUUAAUAUUGUAAUGCUGCUGUGCGUGGAAAAAAGACGAUGUUUAUGUUCUUAUAGAAGAAUAAAAGCUGUGGAAUGAA